AUCCGUUGUCGUAGCAAAUGUAUCUUUCCGUCGCAGUCCCCUGUCGUUUUCAUUUCAACCUCACCUUUGGCAGUGCUUCGCUUUGAAAGCACUCCAUCAUACAACCUCCGAUUUCCUACCUCAGAAACACAAACUUAGAAACCUCACUUUCUUAAUCCUUAUUCAAAGGACGGGUUCUGAAGCAACCCACGUAACCGUUUUGUGUUGUGGUGUUUGUUUGAAACCUGAAGGAUGGUGGAGAGUUCAGUGUCAGGGUCAUGGAUACAUGGGUGGAUGCAGUUCCACUCCAAAACGACGCCAUUUGCGUCUCACAAGACCCUGUUUGGGUUCCUGUGGGUUGCGGCGUUGGCGUCGGUGAUGGUGUGGCAGAGGAACGCAAUAAGUGGGUAUUUGGUGUUGGGUGGUGUUUCGGUGCCGAUGCUGAGACCAGUGGUUUUUGAUUUGAGGGAGUUUGGUGGGGUUGGUGACGGGGUCACUCUUAACACUGAGGCCUUUGAGAGAGCCAUUGAUGCGAUAUCAAAGCUUGGAAAAGAGGGUGGCGCACAGCUUAACGUGCCACCUGGUCGCUGGCUCACAGCACCCUUUAAUCUCACAAGUCACAUGACUCUUUUCCUUGCUCAGGAUUCUGUCAUUCUCGCAAUUCAGGAUGAGAAGUAUUGGCCACUGAUGCCUGCAUUGCCUUCAUACGGGUAUGGAAGGGAGCACAUUGGACCUCGAUACAGCAGUUUGAUUCAUGGUCAAAAUCUUAGAGAUGUUGUCAUAACAGGGCACAAUGGUACCAUAAAUGGACAGGGACAAACAUGGUGGACAAAAUAUCGCCAGAAGCUUCUAAACCAUACAAGGGGUCCACUUGUUCAGAUAUUGUGGUCUAGUAACAUUGUAAUCUCAAACAUUACUUUGCGUGACUCUCCUUUCUGGACACUUCAUCCAUAUGACUGCAAAAAUGUCACGAUAAAAAAUGUUACAAUAUUGGCUCCUGUAUCUCAUGCUCCAAAUACUGAUGGCAUAGACCCUGAUUCUUGUGAAGAUAUGUUAAUUGAGGACUGUUUCAUAAGUGUGGGGGAUGAUGCAAUUGCAAUAAAAAGUGGUUGGGAUCAAUAUGGAAUUACUUAUGGAAGGCCUUCAAGGAAUAUAGUAAUUCGAAACCUUGUUGUUCGCUCUAAUGUCAGUGCUGGCAUCUCAAUAGGCAGUGAGAUGUCUGGUGGAGUAUCCAAUGUCCUUGUGGAGAACAUACUUGUAUGGGAAUCAAAGCGCGCCAUGAGGAUCAAAACCGCACCUGGAAGAGGAGGAUAUGUGCGACAAAUAGCUUUCAGAAAUUUAAUCUUUAAGAAUGUUCGUGUUGGAAUUGUUAUCAAGACAGAUUAUAAUCAACACCCUGAUAGUGGAUAUGAUCCUAGAGCACUACCAGUACUCAGAGACAUAAGCUUCACUACUAUUCGUGGCAAGGGAGUUCGUGUUCCAGUACGCAUUCAAGGUAGUGAACAUAUUCCAGUUAAAAAUGUAACUUUUCAAGAUAUGAAGGUUGGGAUAACCUACAAGAAGAAGCAUAUCUUCCAGUGUGCAUUUGUCCAAGGUCAAGUAAUAGGUACCAUUUUUCCUGCUCCCUGUGAGAACUUUGAUCAGUACAAUGAACAAGGGCAAUUGGUUAAGCAUGCUGCAUCAAAGAAUGUAACAGACAUAGAUUAUGAAAUUUGAGGAGUUUGAUUUUGCAAACUCCUAGCCUCUGUUCCAUUAAUCAGGCCUUAAUAGUCUGAUUAUGUUUAUACUAGAUCUAUUUUGUCAGGGAUUGGAGCAGUAUAUAUAUUAGGUGAUGCGUUGUAUAUAGGGAAAGUUUUCCGAUGCUUAUAUAAAUUUUCCAAGAUCACACAAAUGCAAAAGCGGCGUGCUUAAUUUUUAGG